UCCUGUGGUGCUGCUUGCUCGCCGUGGUGGCGGCGAUGCCGGCAGAGGACGUCGAACCAGUACACGACGGCGGCAUCUCGACCUACUUGGUGCACGUCGAGUACUCCCACGCGCCGCGCCCCACGCGAAACACAGCCCGUCUCACCCGCGCCUACACUUCCUUCCUCCGCGACACCCUUCCUGCCGGCAUGAACGCGCCAGCGCCGAGCAUCAUCUACUCUUACGCGCACGCCAUGACGGGCUUCGCGGCACGUCUCACGGCGCGCCAGGCGGCGCACCUGAAGGUCCAGCCCUCCGUCCUCGGCGUCACCCGUGACAGGCUGUACAAGCUCCACACCACGAUGUCCUCUUCCUUCCUCGGCCUCACGCCAUUCUCGCCGCUCGUAGUGGCGUCCAACAGAGGCACGGAUGCUGUGAUCGGUGUCAUAGACUCCGGUAUCUACCCCAAGGACCGCGCGUCCUUCGCUGCGGACCGGUGGAUGAAGCCCCCUCCAACAUCCUUCCGAGGAGGCUGCGUCUCUCACCCCGAUUUCAACGCCACUGAAUACUGCAACUACAAGCUCGUGGGGGCCAAGUACUUCCACAAUGGACACGUGGCUAUGAUGAGCCAGAUGGCCGGUUCGACUCCGGCGUCUGGGUCGCCACUCGACGUGGAAGGACAUGGCACUCACUGUGCCUCCAUCGCCGCCGGUGCCCCUGUCCGGAAUGCUAACCUCUUCGGUUUUGCGCGGGGCGUCGCGAAGGGUACAGCCUCCGGUGCGCGCAUUGCCUCCUACAAUGCAUGCGGGACAUCCUGCACAUCUAGCGAUGUCACUGCAGCUAUUGAUGAAGCAAUCGCUGACGGAGUCGACGUCCUCUCCAUCUCUCUUGGUUUUGACGCGGAUCUGUACAUUGAUCCCGUUAUGAUCGCUUCGUUCAGGGCCGUUCGUGCAGGCAUAUUUGUGUCUACCCCCGCCGGGAACGAAGGUCCUUACGAUGCCCCCGUCGGCAACCUCGCCCCCUGGGUGUGUACAGUGGGCGCGUCCACCAUGAACCGUGAGUUCAGGGCACCCGUCAGUCUCGGCAACGGGAAAACCUUCACUGGCUACUCGCUUUACUCCGGCCCUGAUCCAUAUGGUACAAUGAAACCGCUAGUCUACGGCCUUGAUGUCGGCUCACAGUUUUGCGAAGCUGGGAAACUUGACGCAAGCAAAGUCAAGGGCAAGAUUGUCUUGUGUGUUGGCGGAGCUGCGGCGCAAGGAUUGGCUGUCAAGCAAGCUGGUGGGGCUGGCGCCAUAAUCGCAAGCCGUGGAGACUAUGGUGACUUUGCUAGGGCCGAUCCCCACCUCCUCCCGGCCGUUACAGUCACGUUUGACGAUGCCAUCGAGAUCAGACAAUACUGCAACACUCCAAAUCCAGUUGCCAGAAUCUCCUACUUCAACACCGUCAAGGGAUUUGUAAAUCCACCUUCCCCGAGGGUCGCAAGCUUCUCCAACCGCGGGCCAAACCGCUUGGCGCCGGAGAUACUCAAGCCCGACAUCAUCGCGCCCGGCGUCGAAAUCCUUGCCGCAUGGACGGGCGAAGCUUCGCCGUCGCAACUCGACGCCGACCCUAGGCGUGUCAAGUUCAACAUCAUCUCUGGCACGUCCAUGGCCACCCCACAUGUGAGCGGUAUCGCAGCUCUGCUCAAGGUGGCCCAGCCCGACUGGACUCCGGCGGAGAUCAAGUCAGCGCUGAUGACCACGGCUUAUAAUGAGGACAACUCUGGCGGCGUCAUCAAGGACAUGGCCACCGGCAAGGAGGCAGGGCCGUUCCAGAUGGGGGCCGGCCAUGUCGACCCUAACCGCGCCCUCGACCCAGGGCUGGUGUACAACGCCGAAUCACACGACUACAUCUCCUUCAUGUGCGCUCUAGGGUACACGACCCAACAAAUCGCCAUCCUCACUGGGGGCAGUACGGCGAAGGACAUCUGCUCGGAGCACGAGGACAUCGCCGUGGGUGACCACAACUACCCGGCCUUCUCAGUGGCGUUCAAGUCCUCUGACGACAAGGUCACGCAGCGCCGCAUCGUGCGCAACGUCGGGAGCCACGUCAAUGCCGUGUACACCUUCAGCUAUCGGGCUUUACCUAUUGGUUGGAGUGCCAUAGUUGACCCCCCGGAACUGGAGUUCGACGCGGGACACACAUCACUCGAGUACACAGUCACAUUCUCGCUGCUGCCAGCAGCCAGCAAUAGUUCCCAGACGGAGGCGCACUCUGCACUCGUGUGGACCGACGGCAAGCAUAAGGUGGUAAGUCCCAUAGUCUUGACCUGGCCAACUACGACGGCUGCCAUGGAGGUGAUGUGAUCGGGAGCUACACAAGCGCCUAUUAAUAUCCUCUCGUUGGAUGUACGUAUAUCUAAGGUUUGUCCGCCUAGUGUCCGUUGAAAACUAUAGUAGUAGUACGUUAAUAAGAAGGGACAAUGUGUAUGUAUGUGGAUGUGGAUACGCAUGUGUUAUUAUCCAGUCAAAUCUAUACAGUUGGCUUGAUUUGUUCA